GAAAUUGUUAAGAGUCCCAUUGGAGAAUUAGGGGAGAGGGGAAUUAACGGUUGGAGAUUCUGACCUUUCACUUGUGUUUGUUUGUUUGAGCUUACAAAAGAAAAAAGAAGACAAAGUAAGGCAUAGUUUGGAUGCUCAAAAGUAAAGAGUAUUGUUAUUGCAGUAUCUACUAAAUCCUCAUUCCUUGGGAUCUCAAAUUAAAAACAAAAAGAAAAAAGAAAAUAUAUAGUCCAAAAGUGAAUCCUGACCGUCCAAUAUAAUACCGAAUGGUUCUCACUUGAGUACACGUGCUGCCUAUCUUUUCUUUUUUUUCUUGCCUUUUUAAUGUUUUGCUUCCAUGCAUGGAAUUCUCCUCCAACUAGAGCACAAAAACAAAAGAGAGAGAAAUCAAAUAAAAAGAAACAGAAAGAGUCAUGGUUUUGCUUUGAUUCUUCUUUUAUACAGGCUUCUUCAUCGCCAUCAUUAGCGACCCUCUUCAAUCAAGACUUAAACUUUUGAUUUUUCUUAAAAACAAAAAAAAAAAAAAAAAAAAAAAAAAACCUUUCAAGAGAGAGUCUAAAUGUGUGUACUUGAGAAAUGUGGAUUUGAAGGAGGCUUCUUUUGGUGGGUCUGAUCUUGUUGUGUACUUCACAGAAAUAAAAACUGUCACAUCUUUCGACGCUUUUGAUUCUCCUGAUCAAUCACUAAUGGUAAAGCAAUAAAUUGGUGAUCUCUUGAUCUGUUUUUAUCACUCUGCUUCUUGAUCUAGGGGAUUUGAUUUUGCUCCUGCUCUGUGUUUUUUGCUAAUCAUGAAAAUGCGGGCAUUUUUCGACAAGAGUUUGAGGUAAGAUUUUAAGUUACUGAUCUUGCUUGCUUUCUUUGCUGGGUAGUUUUUAGUUUUGUGCAAUUAGAUCAAUCAUGGAACCAAAUGCAAAAAAGAAAUUGUUCAUUUGUAAGUUCUGCAACAAGAGGUACCCUUGCGGCAAGUCACUGGGAGGUCAUAUCAGGAUCCACUUGAAUGGGAAUGGCAAUGGAUAUGGGAAUUCAACUGAUAUAGAAGAGGAGGAUAUGAAGCUCAAUACUAGCAAGAGUUUUGCUGCUGCUAAUGUAAGCAAUAGCAAGCAGGAACUUGAGCUUGAAGCUGGUGCCCGGUCUGGUUAUGGUCUUAGAGAAAACCCCAAGAAAACUAAGAGGUUUAUGGCUGAUUCAAGCAAGGGUAAUUUGCUGCAAGAGAAAGUAUGCAAGGAAUGUGGAAAAGGGUUUCAAUCGUUGAAAGCUCUUUGUGGGCAUAUGGCUUGUCACUCCAAGAACAGCUUUGAAGAUCAAUCAGAGACUACUGAGAAGCUGAAAGAUCAAGUUUUUGAUAGCCAAUCAGAUACUGAGACGUCAUCAGCUCCAAGUAAGAGAAGGAGAUCCAAAAGAAUGAGGUACAAGGCUAUUGGUGUUUACUCUUCUUCGUUGUCAUUAGUAAAUGGUUCGUUAUCUUCUGCUUCUGAUGUUGAGCAAGAGCAAGAAGAGGUAGCUAAGUGUUUGAUGAUGUUGUCUAAGGACUCUGGUUUUAAAGGUUGUUUUAGUUCAGUUGCAGAUUCCUCAGAUAAUUCUGUUGUUUUAGAGACUAAAUCAUCAUCUCCUAAAUUGAGAAUUAGUGUAAAGAACGGCGUUAGUUGUGUGUAUAAUGGUAAUGGGAUUUUGGAGAUAAAGAAAGCAAAGCAGCACGAAGUUAUGUCCGUUGGAAAUGAGUACUCUGAGAAUUCUGAUUCUGGCUAUUUUAAGAAUGGACCUAAAAAGGUUGAAUCUGAUAUUUCUGUUCAUGGGUUUACUGGGAUCGACGAAUUCAAGAAGCAAAAGAUGGAAUUUGGUUCUAGAUUUGAAGAUGGCUUCAGUCCUGAAUUGGGGAAAAGAUUAAGCAGGGUUAGGCGUAUUAAAACAGAAUUAGGGAAGGAUCUGAUUGAGGAAGACGGAUACGGUGAAACUGAUGGAGCUUCAUUUAAGUAUGACUCAAGGAAGAGAGACAAGAGAAAUGAUCCCGAAUUGCUUAGCAACAUUGCUUCAAAAACAUGCAUUGGGGUACAAAGGACCAGGCAUAGAAGGACUAAUGGUUGCAGCGAAUCAAUGUACGGAAGCGGUGAGAAUAGCAUCGAGACUGACUGUGCUCCUAGUCCUUUGCCUAGUCAUAAUAAAAAGAGCCAAUCUUGCAAUGGGAAAACUGCAAUUGAGCAGAAGUUAUCAGGCAGUGUAGAGAAAAAAUUGAGCUUGAGAAAAGGCAAAAUACAUGAAUGUCCAUUUUGCUUUAAGGUUUUCAGGUCAGGUCAAGCUUUGGGCGGUCAUAAGAGGUCCCAUUUUGUUGGAGGUGCUCAGGAUAGAACUCUGGUGAUUAAUCAACAAGUUUCUGAAAUUUCAAUGCCUGCGCUAAUUGAUCUCAAUCUUCCUGCUCCAGUGGAAGAAGAUGCAAACGGGUACUAUAUACCAUCAUGGUAAGAGAAAAAAAAAAAAAAAAAAGAAAUCUCGAGUUUCUGCAAGUGGGUAAAUCUGCUCUCUAGUGGCAACCUCAUUGAUGAAGAUGCCAGUUAUGCUUAGAGUGUACAGGAAGGUUGGUGAAUGUUUUUGUUUCUUUUGCUUCAGAUUCAAGGAUGUCUUAUUCUUACAGAAGGUAACUGUUCCAAUUGUUGCUUAUGAAAAUGUGAGAAGCAUCAUUUUUAUUUUUAA